CGGUAGCAGACGAUCUCUCUGGGACAAAUAAUAACCGUAAAUAAUUAACUUUAACAGCCUCUGUACAUACACAAUUUUAUUGACUAAAUGAACGUGAAAACCUGAUUCUAUUUGAAGUAACGUUUAACCGGAAAGUUCGCUUGUUGGUUUUCAGUUUCAUCGAGCACCGAUGUGUUUCCGGUGUGAUUUCUACACGAGCAAAAGGACAAACUCUUAAACAUGAGCAAAAAAUAUGGGGCGUCCAAAGUUUCUGACGUGGAGGAGCACAUUUCUAUGAAAUAUGAUAUCAAGAAGAGAAUUGGAAAAGGGGCCUAUGGCAUUGUAUGGAAAGCAGCUGACAGACAGACUGGUAACAUUGUCGCCGUGAAGAAGAUCUUUGAUGCCUUCAGAAACAGGACGGACGCGCAGCGGGCAUUCAGAGAAAUCAUACUCCUUCAGGAGUUUGGUGAUCAUCCCAACAUCAUCAAACUCCUAAAUGUCAUCAGAGCACAAAAUGAUAAAGAUAUUUACCUCGUCUUUGAAUAUAUGGAUACUGAUCUACAUGCAGUGAUUAAGAAAGGCAACUUACUGAAGGAUGUUCAUAAACGUUAUGUCAUGUACCAGCUUUUCAGAGCUGUCAAAUAUCUACAUUCAGGAAAUGUUAUCCACAGGGAUCAGAAGCCUUCCAAUGUUCUUUUGGACACGGACUGUGUCGUAAAGUUGUGUGAUUUUGGCUUGGCUAGAUCGCUCAAACACAUCAAAGAGGACACUGGAAGCCCACCACUGACAGAAUACGUGGCUACACGGUGGUACAGGGCUCCUGAGAUCCUGCUAGGAUCUGGAAGGUACACUAAAGGUAUCGACAUGUGGAGCCUUGGUUGUAUCCUGGGAGAGAUGCUAUUAGGAACUGCCCUGUUUCCCGGAACAUCCACCAUCAACCAAAUAGAACGGAUUAUGAGUGCCAUACCACAUCCAAGCUCAGAGGAUAUUCUGUCAGUCAAGUCUGAAUAUGGAGCCUCUGUCAUUCAGCGAAUGUUACUCAAACCACAGGUGCCUUUGGAAGACCUUCUUCAGCCAUCAGUGCCUCCUGAUGCGCUUGACCUCCUAAAGCACUUACUCGUCUUCAACCCUGACAAGAGGUUGAUGGCGGAACAAGCUCUCCAACAUCCAUAUGUAGCCAGGUUCCAUGAUCCAGCCAAGGAGCCAGAACUUAACAGAGAUGUAGUGCUGCCAGUGGAUGACGGUGUACAACUCUCCGUGGUUCAGUACCGAAACAAACUUUAUGAGAUGAUCAUUGAGAUGAGAACUAGACAAGCUCAGCUAAGACUGAACGAGCCAAAGGAUAGCAGCUGCAUCUGUGACAGCGAUGAUCUCAACGGGAAAGAAAAAAGAGAGAAACAACCAGUGGAAGCAAAGAGUGAUAGCGAUAGUAGCCGUGAGGAAAACACACAAGUUGGAAAAUCGGAUCAGACAAAUCACCUUUCUUCAAACACUGGCAUCACCAGAGCUGGGCCUGCGCAGCCUGCUGUGGAGAAAACAAGUCCAUCAACUAGCCCUGAAGUGAGAAAGGUCACAUACAACCCCAUUACACAUACACCAAAUUUUGUCCGAAGUCCCGCCAGCUUUCCUCAUUACUCGUGCUCUCCUGCUGUGAAUCAGAUUCUCCAGCAUGGCCCCUCUGCCCGUGUGGCCUAUAACCACUCCUUCUCCACGACUCUAACCCAGGUUCAGAAAAAUCCAUUGGUUCGCAAAGAUGAAUCAUCCCCAGCUUUGGGACUGAAUGUUACAUCUGCUCACCUGCACCAACGCUCCCACCCUCGUGAAGCAAAGCCACCGCAACGGUUCAGCAAGAAAGUAUUUCAAACUAAUUGCAAUGUGGCAGCUGCAGGUGACCCUCGAGCCAAACUGGGAAGCUAUUCCCAAGCCUACGGUACUAUCAACAAGACCGAACUGGACAAUCUCCUCCAAAAUCACCCUUCCAAGUAGCAAACUCUUAGUGGUUACAUGAGUCUGACUGGAACCCACAAAUGUUACCUUCAUUAACCAUCUACCAUACUGAAUACAGUAUGAUAGUCACUGUAAAUACAACCCUGCUGUGUUCUUUCAGCAUGUCUUUACUGUAUUUGCACAAUUAUUGAGUUAUGCUUAUGUACAUUAAACCAGUGACACACUAUAAAAUAUGCAUAAUUUCUAUAAUUAAUUGUAGAAAUAAUAUAAACAUAAUGCCUGCAUAUCGGAUUCUUCAAGUAUUUACAGAAAUGAAAAAUGUGGUGUUUCUUGUAGUGAUAUUACGAUCAAAGCAGAGUCACAUUUGUGACUUUUUUCAAGCACUAUACCACAGGAAACAUUCUCCUUUCUCAUUUCAACACU